CACUCUGUCUAACCGUGUACCAAGACAACUGCAGCGCGCUGAUAGCGUUCACGUGGAUGCUGUUUUGCAGCAUCAGAGGCACACUUCCCAAGACGUAGUUUAUUUGACGGGGAUGAUACAUGAUUUGGUUAGUGGUGUGAGAUGUUCAUUAUUUGCCAUGGCAAGAAGUCUGUUUUCAUGGGUCUGGCUGAGAAAGCCUAUCUACAUACAGGCCCGAUUCUCUUACCUGCACAUGAAGUAUAUGUUCUUCUCGUGGCUGGCAGUGUUUGUGGGUAGCUGGGUGGUGUAUGUGGAGUACUCAUCCUACUCAGAGCUGUGCCGUGGACAAGCAUGCAAGAAUGCCAUAUGUGACAAGUACAGGAAAGGAUUGAUCGACGGCUCGGCCUGCACCAGCCUGUGUGAGAAAGACACGCUGUACCUGGGGAAGUGUCUCUCAUCCAAGCCUAACAACCAGGUGUACUCUGGUGGCUGGGGGGACCUGGAGGGGGUGGUUAAGUGCCAGAUGGAGGAGGUUCCUCAUUAUGACCCGGGAGCUGAGAUGGAGCACAGGAAGGAGGCUUCGCGCUUCAACAAGCCCACCAAGGGAACCUCUGUGGAGAAGUUCAAAGCGAUAGUCCUCAGCCACCUCAAGACCAAGGUGGGUGAACAGGCCAACCUUCAAGACCUGGUGAGCCUGGUUCUUUUCGUGGCCGACUACAACAAAGACGGCCUCAUCUCCCUACCAGAGGCCCGUUCCAUGUGGGCCCUGCUCCAGCUCAAUGAGUUCCUUCUAGCGGUGGUCCUGCAGGACAGGGAGCAUGCCCCCAGGCUCCUGGGCUUCUGUGGGGACCUGUACGUGAUGGAGAAGGUGCCCUACGCUCCCCUGUACGGCAUCAGCCUGCCAUGGGUAGUGGAGCUGUGGAUACCCGCGGGGUUACGACGCAGCAUGGACCAGUGGUUCACGCCCUCCUGGCCCCGCAAGGCCAAGAUCUCCAUUGGCCUCUUGGAGCUUGUAGAGGAUGUCUUCCACGGCACCUUUGGCUCCUUCCUCAUGUGUGACGUGAGUGCAGCCGACUUUGGCUACAACGACCGCCACGACCUGAAGGUGAUGGAUGCUCGUCACAUCGUCCCCGAGGCCACUUUCCAAGAAGCCAUGAGGGAGCGGCGGUGCAACGUGGACGAGGACUGUCUGUACGGGACCGACUGUCGCACUUCCUGUGACCUCACCAAGCACCGGUGUACGCCAGAGGUGACACGGCCCAACCUGGCCAAGGCGUGCAGCUCGCUGAAGGAAUAUCUCCUGCGUGGGGCGCCGUCUGACAUUCAGGAUGAGCUGGAGAAACAGCUGUAUGCUUGUAUAGCGUUGAAGGGCUCGGCGGAGCAAAUGGAGAUGGAACACUCGCUUAUACUGAACAACCUGAAGACCUUGUUGUGGAAGAAAAUAUCGCACACCAAGGACUCCUAAUGAGGCGAAAAUAUAGGUACUGUACAUCCCGACUUUCCACCCUUCUCCCAAAGUGUGCACUAGAACACUCCCGGUCAUGUAUUUGAAAGCAUUGGUUGGAAACAAGUUUUCGUCAUUGUAAAUCCAGUACAGAGAGUGGUUAAAUACACAAUUUGGAAAAGGGUGGAGAAUCAGUACACAUAUGAGCACUACCGCUGCCUCUCUGUCAAACAGUCUGGUUUCACAAUACCUCAGAACUGGACUUGACUGGGAGUCUAUGGCAGGAGUGGAUGAAACAACCGCUGGUUUUAAUUGGAAAUUCUGUCUCUCACCAUCUAGUAUAACCCUUAGAACCUCCCCCUACUUUGUGGACUUGUGGAGUUCAAAGUGCAAGUAGUGCAAAUGAUUUAAACAAAUGAGAGAGUUUGGAAAAUAUGUGCAAGUACUCAUCUAGAAAUAGUUUUCACAUAUUAACUUUAUAUUUCUGAACUCAGAAUCAGUUGAGCAUCCCAAAAAUAUGAUCUAUGUGAUAGAACAUUUAUUUUAAUUUGGCGAUUUUCACCAAGUCCCAUCUAACAGAGCUCCACAGUGGAGGUGUCAUAAUACCCAUAAAUCCUUGCGGUCAAACAGAAAUGGUUGCUGGAUAAAAUACCCAAGCUGGCAAGGUAAAAAUCUGUCAUUCUUCCCCUGAGCAAGGCAGUUAACCCACUGUUCCCCGGGCGUCGAACACAUGGAUGUCGUUUAAGACAGCCCCCCCCCACCUCUCUGAUUCAGAGGGGUUGGGUUAAAUGUGAAAGACACAUUUCAGUUGAAGGCAUUCAGUUGUACAACUGACUAGGUAUCCCCCUUUCUCACCUUUCAGAUUCUAAAACGCAAAUUAGCAACAAUGUAGACAUCAAAUUUUAUUGGUCACAUGCACAUGGUUAGCAGAUGUUAUUUCGAGUGUAGCGAAAUGCUUGUGCUUCUAGUUCCGACAGUGCAGCAAUAUAUAACAUGUAAUCUAACAAUUCAACAACAACUA